AUGAAGUACUUGGUAAUCUUUCUUGCCGUCUUAGCUGUUCUGGCGGCCGUUCAGGCUAAGCCAUUCUUACCAGGCUUGGAUGUUGUUCAAAAGGCAGUAGGGAGCCUAGCAGGAGGCGCUGUGGGUGGCGCGGCUGGUGCAGUCAAGGGCGGUGUGGAUGGCAUUAAAAAUGGCCUUCACAAUGGUGUUGAUUUUAUGGAUGUUGGAAGAGGUUUAAUAAACCAAUGA